ACAGGAUGUGCUAUAUUUUAGUAGAACAUCUUUGAUAUCGACGUCAUUAGCUGCUGCAUGGUCUUCUGUGGUAGCUAACAAUAAACAAGUUAUAUUUUUCAGCUAGCUAGCACGUUCCCUAUUAAUCUAGCUGAGCUAGAUCAACAUGAGUUUAGCAUUUAGCAAAGAGCCCCGUAAAACGGCGGGGAACCGCAUGUCUAAGUUGUUAGAUGCUGAAGAAGAAGAUGAAUUCUACAAGACCACAUACGGCGGAUUCAACGACGAAUCGGGAGAUGAUGAGUACAGAGGGGAGCACUCGGACACAGAGGACGAGGUCGACAGUGACUUUGACAUAGAUGAGGGUGACGAGCCUGAUAGUGACCAGGAGGAUGAUGCUCCUCGCAGGAAGAGUCGAGUUGUCACCAAAGCUUAUAAGGAACCUCUGAAGGUGACCAAGCCUAAACCAAAGAGGCCUUCAGAGGAGCUGAAGAAGACGGAGAAAGCCAAAAUGGAGAGGAGGGUGCCGCAGGAGUUUCAGGAGUUUGGAGAGACUCGGAAGUCUGUGCGCCAGUCGACCAGCGAGCAUACGCGGAAGACCAACCUGCGACUGCAAGAAAGACAGGAUGCCCCCCGACGGCGGAGGGGAGCCCACCACGACCGACCCCUGACCCAGGAAGAGUUGCUGGCUGAGGCCAAAAUAACUGCUGAGGUCAACCUCCGAUCCCUAGAGAACUACGAACGUCUUGAGGCUGACAAGAAAAAACAGGUCCAUAAGAAGCGGCGAUUUGAGGGCCCCACCAUCCGCUACCACUCUGUCCUCAUGCCCCUGGUGCCUCACUCCAUCUUAAAAGAAGAAAAUGUGGAUGUGGAAGGGUUAGACCAGGACACACCGCUGCCUGUUGCUCCUGUGGCACCAAGUCCAAUGCCUUCCCAGCAACCCUUGGGAGGUCUUUGCUCCCGCACUUACAUCACCUUUAGCGACGAGGAGGCCUUUGAGGCUGCCUUCCCCCAGGGUGUGCGGACCGGCUCCCAGCCCCCCACCCAGGAAGUCUGUCCUGUCACCCACAAGGCUGCAUUAUACAGAGACCCAGUUACAGACAUCCCCUAUGCCAACACACGAGCCUUUCGCAUUAUUCGCGAAGCCUACCGCAAAUAUGUGGCAGCUCAUGGAUUCCCCAACUCUGCUGGGGGUUUCUCUGUGGUUGAUGCCUCAGGUUCCAGGAGUGCACGCCAGAAAAUUGUCAAGCAGAGCACAGUUGCAAGGUAGAGGCUUAUAUUCUCUCAUAAGUCUGUCCUCCUUUUAUUUAGAGCCCCUCAUCUGUUCAAAGAUUUAAAUCUACAGUUUGGGAUUCAUCUUUCAGCGAAAUGGCAGCCCCAGUACUUGUUUUGGUGUACAGCUGAAGCAUAGGGCUAUGGAAAUUCUUGUUUGUAAACAUUGGAGUAAUAGAAUUUACAUUUAGGAUAGAACGGGGCGUUCCAACCGUGUUCCUGGAGAGCUACUGUCCUGUAGGUAUGUGAAUAAAAUUUUCAAUAAAUUUCCUUUAACAUCCUGGGCCCUUUUUUGCCUGGAACUAAGUCGGCGCAAGUGUCAAACCUAAGUUGGUUUGCAAUUUCGUCAUGGAAAAACAUGCGCACUGGCAUUUUACAGACCUAACACCAGGUUUGGCAAUUUACCUGUGGGUCCAGUGGCAAUAUUUAAGACUCACAAAAAGCAGGUGUUAACGAUAACGCAGUUGAUAAUGGAUGGAUUGUGAGAAACACAGUCGAUCCAGUCAUGACGCACAGUGCUCAUGGAAGGAGAGAUGUGCCUUUCGUGCCGGUAAAUCUCAUAUUUAGAAACGUAAAAGAACACUCUGUUUCUUCUCCCCCCCACCCCCAUUUCAUUUAACUUGAUUAAAAACUAAGCACAACCUUCCCUCUCCUUAAUAGCAAAUCUCAUCCGUGUGUAUUUUUAUGCUGGCCAUUAGCCAAGUAGCCUAUGAAUAAAGGAGUUUUAAAUGGU